AUGGAAUCCUCGGACUUCUCGGCUUCCUCCGAGUUCUGGCUGGACUACCUAAAGGGGAUGCUGAAGCCGGUUGCCGCCACGGCGGUGGUGGUUCUGGCGAUCGUCCUGUCGUUCGUCCAGCGGCUGGGCCUGGAGGGGGAGAUGGCCUACUCCAUCUUCCGAUCCUUCCUCCAACUCUCCAUCAUCGGCUUCGUGCUCGAGUUCAUCUUCACGCAGAAGAACGCCGCCUGGAUCCUCUUCGCCUACCUUUUCAUGGUACCAAUCCCCUGUUCUCCGUCUACUUUCCGGGGAGCGAUCCUGUCUGAUUUAAUCGGAUGUCGAUGCUCGAUCUCCUGUCGUUCUUCGCGGAGAUCGAUCUCGGCGUCUGCUGGUUCGCAGAAGUGAACUCUGGCUCUCAGAUCGCAUCUCUCGAUUUUAUGCGCCCCUCUAAUCUCUUUCUCCGUAGCGUUGACUAGAGCGUUUCCGCAGGUUUCCGUCGCCGGCUACACGGCGGGUCAACGGGCGAAACACGUCCCGCGCGGGAAGAUCAUUGCCGGCGCCUCCAUUCUGAUGGGGACCGCCAUCACCAUGUUCCUGCUCGUCGCGCUGAAGGUCUUCCCCUUCACUCCGCGGUAUAUCAUCCCCGUCGCCGGCAUGAUGGUCGGCAACGCGAUGACUGUCACCGGGGUCACCAUUAAGAAGCUCCGAGAGGAUCUCAAGAUCCAGAAGAGCCUGGUACGUUCACCCAUUCACUUCCCUUUCUGCGAUCCAUGGGUUGACUAAACCGCAGUUCACACCCCUUUCCUUUUAGCUCUUUUCUCAAAAAAAAUGAAGCCCAGAAAUGAAGUUGACUUUUGGGUUUCUUGCAUUAGAUAACAGAGAUAUGGUGCCCAGCGGGGAAUCGUUGACUUAUAUGUACGGUCCAACACAGUAGUAAUUAUAUGAGAUUCAUGCUCAUAGAACCCGGAUUUACUUCUUGCCAUAACCAUCUACCUAAGCCUGAAAUACAUCACACCGACCCAACCGGGCGUAUCACAUUCUCCCCGACUGUGCCUCCCUCACCAAGUCGUUCCUCUAACCCUCUCUAUCAAUCAAUCUAGCACUGUCUCUCUCUCUGUCAAUCAAUCUAGCACUCUCUCUCCCUAUCAAUCUAUCUAUCAAUCAAUCUAGCUCUUUCUCUCUAUCGAUAUAUAUAUAUAAAUAUAUCUGUGUUAAAUAGGUGGAGACGGCGCUGGCGCUGGGGGCGACGCCGAGGCAGGCGACGCAGAGACAGGUGAGGAGGUCGCUGGUGAUUGCGCUGUCGCCGGGGCUGGACAACGCGAAGACGGUGGGGCUGAUAGCGCUGCCGGGGGCUAUGACGGGGCUGAUAAUGGGAGGCGCCUCCCCGCUCGAGGCCAUCCAGCUGCAGAUCGUAGUCAUGAACAUGCUCGUCGGGGCCUCCAUUAUCAGCGGCAUCAUCUCCACCUACCUCUGCUGGCCCGUCUUCUUCACCAACGCCUACCAGCUCGAGCCCCGUGUCUUCGCCUCUGACUGA